GGCUUGGAGUAACGGCUCAUUUGAUUGGUCUAGAUAUUAGAGAGGUCAAUUUUCAUUGGUCGCUAUAUUUUCUUUACACGGUCCUUCAUGGCGGAUUCAAAACGUUAGAUGUGUGUGAAAACGCAGUGAAGAACUUUUGACCAUGCCGCAUAUGAGUUCAGGCGGCUCAGAGGAUUUUUACUCAAAAGAUGAGGUCAAAGUAUAUAAAGACGAAGGAGAUGAGGAGAAAAGAUCAUCGGAAAACCUGUCGGAGGAAAAGUUCGGUUUAGUCACUGAAUCGGAAGAGGGUAAAAAUGGCGGUUUGACGGAAAAUUACCAGAGGAAUGAUUCGAAAUCCAACAGCGCCCAGCCCGAGGACGACAAGUCUGUACCGCAGCCCCCAGGCGCCAGUCAGGGUCCCCUCGGGUUCUUCGUACCCAGUCCGUAUCCUCCGUAUCCAAAUGGCACAUCCAUGGGAAGCAAGCUGGGACUGGUUCAACCUCCGUACCCAGGGCUGGUGAUGGAGUUUGGGUCCCCUCCCCCAGCACACAUGGGUAUACCUCCGUUACACUCAGACGCCAAAACAGGGCAAGAAGCCGACACUUUAGGCAAGCCCUGUGUUUGGUUACCUCGUCCACCGAUGUACGCAUACCCAACACAUCCAGGGCAGUUUCCACCACAUUUAUACGGUCCAGAAUUAUCAUCAGUACAUUGGCAUCGGCCUCCAGGGUAUCCAAUCUCUUCAGGUGCCUUUUCCAGUUCAUAUACCCCUUUAAUAAACUCUAGUAUAUCACGGUUUGGUCCUCCAGCCCUGAUACCUCACCCAGGCAUGCCACCGGGGCUGCCCCCCUCAGUGCUCAGCCCUGGGAUGAAACAAGAACCAGGCAUGGGAAUGCCGCCCAACAUGUGCCAAGAUAGUCAGAGGCACGGUGGUAUGAACGAUCAGCAGAACUACCAAACAAAUCAAAAUACCGAACCUGUGAAGAAAAAACCACAUAUAAAGAAACCGUUAAAUGCUUUUAUGCUGUUUAUGAAAGAAAUGAGGCCCAUGGUUAUUAAAGAAUGUACGCUACGGGAAUCUGCAGCUAUUAACCAAAUCUUAGGUCGAAGGUGGCAUGCAUUAGAUAGAGCAGAACAGUCUAAAUAUUAUGACAUGGCACGGAAAGAAAAAGAACUACACUUACAACUUUACCCUGGCUGGAGUGCCCGCGACAAUUACGCAUCACACAACAAGAAGAAGAAGAGAAAGAAGGAAAACACAAAUGAGCCGAGAGGAGUGAAUGUAGGUGAAUGUACCCAAGCGAAAAAGUGUCGAGCGAGGUACGGAAUGGAGCAGCAGACACAGUGGUGCAAGCCAUGCAGAAGGAAGAAAAAAUGUGUUCGCUACAAGAGAGGAGAAGACGCUACGGGUAGUACUGAUGGGGAAGACAUGGACGAUGACGACGAUGAUGACGACGACAUGUGCAGUGAUUCGCUGCGGUCGGGAAUCGACAGUGAUUCGGCGGCCGACAGUCCGGCACCAGCGUCUCGCGGCGACAGCUUUCACGUCAACUCGGACAUUUGCCAGGGCUCGCCACUCCAGUCCUCCCCAUUUCUCACCCACCAGAAGGACGAACUAUCCCACAAUAUGGACAAAAUCCUCGACUUUCACGAGGGGACGAAACUGUUCAUGGACCUGCCCAAGCACCUGUCAUCCAUGCCAGCAGUGCCUAAUAAUUGUUCGCAACCCAGUGUUCACGUUACACAGAUCUCCACAUAGGCUGGCUAGACACUAACUGGUGCUCACAGUAUAUGUGUGUGUGUGUGUGUUUGUGUUGCAACAACUGUUUAGAUUGCAUAGCAUAAUAUUGUCAUUCAUCAUAUGUAUGAUUCUAUCUGAUUGGUCACUGGAGGAAGGAGAGAGAGGCAGCGGCAUUCAUUCGGCCUGACAGUUUUUAAGUCUUGGAGGAGGCUGGGUAAAUGUUCGUUUCUUCAAAAUGUGGAUUUAUGACUGGAAAAGGAACCAAAGAUUUAUUAUCUUUCAGAGGAAGACUUAAUGUGCUGACUUUAUCAAAGAUGUGGUUAUUUUUGUAUAUGGUUGAGAAAGAAGGUAGCUUCUUUUUAUUGUUUGUUGCUUUCUGGUGGACAUAACAUAUAUAUGGUUGAGCAACCACUGGGGAAAAGUGAUGGAUCCCCACACAAAAUCCAUCCAAACUGUAAAACUGUGUGAAGAAGAAGUCUGAAUAAUGCAUUUUAUUACAAAAUGUUCGUAUAUCAGUAUUUUUAUUCAGAACGUUUUCAAGUGCUGCAAAAAGCCAACUGUGCCAGAGUUUCGUAAUAAUUUGGCGACACAUUAUAACAGAAUUUCGUUACUUUAAAAAUGUGACCAAAAUAGUGCCUGCAGUACUACUACAGAGCAAGGUGUGAACAUGUAUUGUGAUGUUCUACUGAAAUUUUUCAGUUCAUUUCUUUGUUAAACAGAUUACAAACAGCACUGAAAGUGCCAAAUGUUGAGCCUCGGCAAUGUUGGGUUGUUACAUGUUUGACAGUUUUAAAAACCGAAAUAAUCUGUUUGGUCAAAAUAUAUAUAUAUAUAUAUGAUUAUUAUAUUAUAUGUUGAUCUUGGAAACAGAUUUGCCAAUUUCAUGGAAAUUUUCACAAACAAAAUAUCUUGAAUGGGGUUUUGGGAAACGUAUUUCUAUUGAUGAAAACAGUUUCUCCCAUAUCAAAUAUGGGCUAAAAUAGUGAAUAACGACUUCCAUACAUUUAUUUAGUUGGUAAAUGUAAUUUUAAAGUAAAUUUAUGGAAGACAAGUACACAGAACAAACCACAGCCUGUGCGGAAUUUGAAUAAUUACCAGGUCAGCUCUAUAGCCAGUGAAACAAUUUCAAGUAUGGAAGGAAAUUAAAUGCUUCAUAAAUUAUGAAAACAAAAACAGGAUCUAAACAUUUGUUUGUGAUUUAUGCUUAUUAUUUUAAAGGUGCAAUCUCAAAGUUGUAUGCGACUUAUUUUGUUUGUUUCUUCUUUUUUUUGGUAAUAAAUAAGUGUCAGUUUAUCAAUUUAUGUAAUAUCUUUGCAUAAUUAACUCAAGAAUAUCAAAAUUGUAAUGUCUUGCCACUCAGCUUAAACUGUGAUCUUCUCAAUAAUUUUUUAUUAAAUAUAUAAAUUUGUAGAAAAAUUCCAUCAAAAUACCAGCAUGUGUCCAUAUUUUCGAAAAUAUGAGCCCAGUUUUUUCUCAUUGUGGAAAUACAGUUCAGCCUGACAUCACAUGGUCACCAUAUUGGAUUUUCCUAUAAUAGGAAUUUAUAAAAAGUAGUAAAUUAUAUUAUUUGAUCACUUUUUUUAUUAUUAUUAUUAUAAUUUUUUUAUUAUUAUUUUUUUUUUUUUUGUGAGCAAGGUAUAAUCCACAUUUGAAUUCACAACAAAACUUUAUAACUAAUUUUAGUCAUUAUUCUACUUUGAGACUGCCCCUUUAAUAAUUUGUGACAAGAUUGUUUAUAUAUGGGCCAUUCCAUGGUAAUUAUUUAAGCCAGGAUGUGACAUUCUGAUUCUUAUGAUCUCCUUCACUAAAAAUCCUUUCUAAAUGAAAUUGCAGUUUUAUCAUUUAUAGACUCAUUACAUAUAGUAGUAUAAGCAUGUCAGGCCUAAUUUUGUUUUUGUAAAAAAAAAGAAAAAGACUUUUAAAGUGAAAAAUAAAAUGUGCCAGGACGUGACAAAAAUGGACAUCACUUUUUUAACACUGCAGUAAAUUCCAAAACUCUGCUCUCCUGAUAGAAUGUUUGCUUAUUGAAAUACACUGUUUAACACAAUAUCCAGUCUAUUUCUAAAUGCUGUAUAGCAAUUUACUAAACAAAUAUUCUUUAUGAUGUAACAUUUACUUCAAAAAUGUUUUAGUUCUAGCCAGGACGUGGUGAGCCAGGACGUGACUUUUUGACCAGUUCACUUAUACAACUAAUAAAUGAUGUAUAUCAAAUACUACUAAUGAAAUACUGUUAGUUUAUGAAAUCAUUGAUAUUAACUUGUUUUAAGUGUUUUUAUUGAUCAUCAAAAUAAGUGCAUAAAAUCCUAAUUAAUUGAACUGUCGUUGUGCAAAAAAGGUUCUCCUACAAUAUUAUUAUAUAAUAUACUUUUAUAACCAGUGACCAUACUGUCAACAACAUUGUUUAUCCUGAUGUUGCUAAGUCUGGUGAUUUUUGUCUUACCUUUACAAUACAUGUACAGACUAAAAAGAUGAAGAAUAAGUAUAACUUUUUUCGUUGGCUGCAGCAUCAACUUUUGCAUUUAGCUCAACAUUGAUUGUACAAAUGUAGCUACAUUUCUCAUAAAUGACAGGUCCUGCAUCAGUACAGGUUCACUUAUAGUUCUAUCUAUGAAUGUUCACCUCAGUGCACAACAAUUUUUUUUUUCAACUUUAUUAUUUUAAAAUUUUAAUUUAAUUUUUUGAAGUUUUAAAAACAUUUUUAACAUGCAUUGAGAUAGAUCUAUGCACUAUCAAUGAUACUGAAUAGGUUUAUGGUAGGCCAGACAUUAAUUCUGUAGAAUUUUUGUUUGCAAUUUACCAUAUAUUUUAGAAUUAAUAUAUUAUUAUAUUUUGCCUUUUGUUGGUUUUUUUAUGAUCAUCUGAUUUAAUUGGAAUUCAAAAUAUGAACCCCAGUCAGUACAGAAAUUAUAGUUUUUGGACAGUUUCUUCUUUCUGUUCAUCAUUAUCUGAUAGGCCAAACUAUCAACAAUAUAUAUUAAUAUAAACGGUUGAUGGUUGACAAUAUCAAAAAUCUCAAUGACACUUGUAAUUGAUUUGAAUUCCCCCAACCCAAGUUUUAUGAUCAACAUGUAUCUUUAUCAAUUACAUCCUUCACUGAAGAAAUGUUGGUUUAUAUAUUCUAAUUCAUGUUUGAAUACCUGUAUCUGCCAAGGAAUAAACUUUAGAUUUUAGCAGCACAUUGUAUUUGAACAAUUCUUUGACACAAUAUUUAUUGUACAUGUACAUCAGUUUGGAUUUCACAAAAUGGAACAUUUGGUAUAAAUACAAUAUUCUUUAAAUUGGUGGAUUAUCAAUAACUCAUUGUUUUGGUCAAAACAUUGAAGCAUAGAAUUAAUUGAUAAUAGUACUUUUGUAUCUACAUUAAUCCAUGUUAAAUAUUCAAACAUGCUCCCCCGAACAUCCAGUUUCUCCAUUUCCAAUUCUUGAUGGUGAGAGCAAAAAUAUUGAAAAUAAAAGUAAUUUAUUUUAGGUACAUGUGCAUUAUCUAGUCAGUUUUGCCAAUUUUUCUAUAUAGAGAGAUUUAAUACAUUUUUAAUCUUUACUCAAUUUAACAUGCCAUCUUGAAUGUCACGUCCUGGCUCAGUGUCACGUCCUGGUUCAAAGUUUGAGGUGGUUAUUUUAAUCAAUUAUUACAACCAGACAUCAUUAUACCUUUUAUUUAUACUUGGAACAUUGAGAAGAAGGAGAAUUAAAAGGGAUUUUUAUUUCUGUCAAAUCAGCGAGGAAGUAACAUUAAAUAUUUUGAAAAAUAAUUUAAGAUACUAAUUAUGAUGUGAAAGAAGAGAAAGUAGUAUUUUCACAUGCAGUAUAUUUUAGAUAUGAUGUCCUGAUACCUAAUUUUUAAAUUUGACAUAACAGUUAUGAAAUAUUACUGAAAAACAAAUGUCACGUCCUGGCUUACAAAAAAAUAUUUUGAAAAAUAAAACCAUUAAAACCAAAGUAAAUUGGCAAUAAAAGUAUAUUUGUAUGUGCUAACGGGUGUUAACUUUAGGCUAAAAUAAAAACUUAGUUUAACAGAUCAUUUUGAAAUGUCCACACCCAUGGACCAAAUACCAUGGAAUGGCCCAUAAUUAUAUAUUGUAGAUAUGAUGUUCCUUAUAGGAAUAAAACAAAACAGAAUUUUUAACAGUUAUAAUUUACCAAGCAUAUUAUUAGGUUAUAAAAAAAAUUGAAUGUCAAAGGUGCUGUUUGUAAUCAAAUCUUUUUAAAGAAUGUAAAUAUCUGAAUUAUUCUUGUAAAAUUCUGAUGUGGAUAUACACCAUUCCAACAACGUAACUUCUGAUUUAAAGAACAUUAAUGAAAAUUUAACAUCCAAGCUUCUAAUGUUAUCAAGUGUUCGUUUUUUCUAAAUUUAGUUUAUUGUUACAUCUUGCUGGAUCUACUUAACAAUUUAACAAUUGAGUUUUACUCAAAACAAAUUACAUUACUGCAUAUGUAAAAGAAAGGAGUUGAUUUAAAAGUUCAGAACAGACGUACUUGCAUGCCUUGUUUUGGCAUAUUUUGUCAAAGAGAUAGAUUAUAUAUUAUAUAUAUUUGUGAUAAACAUAGUUCUAUGAGUAAUUGUCAUUACAGGUACAUUUGCUAUGUAGAAAUGUUUUAAGAUGUUUAGGGUCAGUUAGUAGUUAUGCUGCAUUCAAGUAUGUUCAUAAUUACCAUUUUGACCAAGUUUUGACUUGAAAAUAGGGUUUAAGAAGCUCAGUAGCUCAUAUAUACAAGUUGUAAACUUAGAAGUUAAAUAGUUAACAAAGGCACCUUAUUUUUUUUAAUUUAGAAGAAAAAAAUGGCAAUCAAAUGUUUCUCAGAAUUUGUUUUGCUUAUGAAAAUAAAGCUUACACCUUAAAUGUGCCAUCAAAGAUGAUCGAUUGUUGCAAAAAUAUUGGGACUAUUUUUCAUAUAAUUUUGUGCCAUUUCAAUUGAAAAAUGACAAAUGGGCUAAGACUAUCUCAUGGAACUGUCCAACUUCCAAGUUGACAUUCAUGAUGGACACAUUGGCUAUAAAAUAUGUUAAAAAAAAUUUCUUGAUCAUUCUCUGCUAGUUUUUAUUUAAUUUUUAGUGUUAAUCAGUAGAUGAAAGUGAAUAAAUUCAAUAUUAAUUGAACAGUGAAUGGUUUUUUUUUUAGGUUGGUGGGGUGGGGAGGUAUCUUGAGUAAUAAACUCUGUUCCAAGUAUUAUGUUUAUAUCCAUUGUGAAAUAAUUUUCAUUUGUCACUUCUUUGCCAGGAUCAAAAUCAACACUAGAUGAAGAUCACUAUCCCAAUAUGGUGCUAAAUGAAUAAUCACAUGAAGUUUAAAAUAAAAUGUAUAAAAACUUUUAAUUCAAAAGCUUUAAUUUGCUGCUCACCUAAAACUUUUCUGGGGAGCCUGGGAUAUCACUUGCUUUUCCUGACAAAGACUGACUUCAUAAAGCUUGUGACCGUGAAAAUUACUUCACUCGGACAUAAACAUGUUAAUAGUUAAUAGAUUGUUUAUUAUCUUCUAUUCUUCUUUUGUAACUUUUCAUAUUUUCAGUGGAAUUUAAUCUGGACAUUUUUUACGUUUGUUGUGGGACUCUUGAAGAACAUCUUCAUAGUAAAUGUACCUGUCUUGAUGGAAUCCCGAAGGAAUUAAAUAUUUGUUACCUAAAUACGCUAGAUGGAUUACAAGCGAAGAAUCCUGCUUCCAUUACUUGCUUUUCACUGUAUUGCAGAGUGAUGCCAGGUCGGCGGCAUCCAUAGUCCUGUCAAUGAUGUGGUACAGUGUCACUGUCAAUAUUGUGCAAACUGUUCAUAUAAGACAUCUGUACAUGUAUAGGUAUAUAACAUAGAUUCAUUCAUCCACCAUUUUUCAUCCAUUCUUCAACAGGUGUUCUUCAAAACCAGAUAAAAACACAGCAUGAGCCUCUGUUUACAAGCAGGUUUUUAAAAAGAUCUUUGUAGGCUACUUUUAACCCUUUCUUUCCUGGUAGAUCACUCUUUGAUUGCCUCGUCAGAGGUAGGGCUGUUGUAAACACUUACUGGAAUCGUUUAAACAAGCUUUGUGAAUAAAAUGGCAAAUAUAAAUCAUCAUUUUCUUUAUUUUCUCCUCUCUUUUUUCUCUCUUUUUUCUUUCCAAUUUUUAAUUUUAUUUUUUGUGUACAAUAUUAUCUUGCAGAUAAAAAUCCUAUAUUCUAUAACUAUAUUUAUAGCUGAUGCCAUUAGUGGACUGUCAAGUGUGAAUAGUGUAUAAUUAUGAUAAUCUGACUAUACUGUUAUUUCCUGUCUGUUUUAACACAGGUGUUUUUUGUGUUUUUUUAAAACAUGGUACACACAUAAUAAUAAUAAUAUUGUAUAUGUAUGCUGAUGUAAUCUGGAGAAAACCAAGGUCAUAGUAUAAGACUUCUUGGAACAUACUUAACAACUUUGCUAACAUUUAAGGUUCUCACUUGACAUUAUUAAGAAAUACACUUAGGUGAUAAAAAUAAACAUCAUUGGUGAAUGUUGAUCUAGAGGUCAGUAGAAACAGCUCAGACAAUGCACGGUUCUCUGACAAUAUAAGACAUGAAUUCUUUAUUGUCUGUUCACUAUAAUGUAGAGGUAGGAGAAUUUAUUUUACAUACACCCUAUUAUUAUUUUUUAUGUUGGACUUGACAAUCAAACAAUUAGCUAGUAUAUUAGAAAAAAAUAUUAACAUUUAUAUUUGUUACAAAUAGAUUUUGAAGUAUUUUUAUUUGUUUAUAAAGAUGACAAAAAAUGACAUUAAUAUGUCUGUUACAGUGUUAGUGUGAUGUAUAAUGUAGCAGUUGGCCUCAUGCACUGUAUUACAGUUAAACUACUGUAUAUAGUUUUUUAAUUUUUUAAACACAAAGGUUCAUUGUCUUGCACAUGUAUAUGUUACAGUCAAUCUGUCGAAGCAUAUAAUGAUGUAUAUCAACCUGCCUAGUAAUAUUAGCAUUACUGGUAAUUUCUUGCUUGCAAAAUUUUAAUGAUUUACAACAGUUUCGAGUUCAAAGCUGCGGUCUCGAAUAUAUAUAUUUUUAUUUAAGCAUUUACCUCAAAAUAGAUUUUGCAGUUCAAAAUGUUUCACCAGUUAAUUUAUAUUCAGGCCUGUAGCCAAUGAGGAAUUGAAUGGGUCAGUCGACCCACCCUCAGCAGUUGAGUGGCUUGUUUGAAUUCAUUGAAGUUCUGUAUUCGUCAAAACAAAAUUGCUCCUCAAAUGUUGGAAAAUAAUUUAAUUGCUUCUUUAAACAAGUUCCAACGUACUGAAAUGUUGAAAUAAUCCUAUAACAUACCUAAAAUUAUAAUACAGAAAAAAAUCUGUCGAUAAUUAAACAGCCCAACCCAUGAUUCAGGAUACUUUUAUUGGUUAACAUCGCCAAUGCACAUGUGACAUAAUAGACUGUUAUUUGUUAGAGAACAUUAUGAAAUACUCUACUACACUAGUUCUGACCUACUUACCUGUAAUUUAUCUGUAGUUGAACAGUGGAUUGAAAACAGUAACAAGUCUUUGUUAGUCAAGGCAGCUGAUUGUAUAAACGGCAAAACCACAAAAGUUUAGUAAAAAAAAAAAAAAAAAUCAUUUGUGUUUUGCAUUAGUAAAUGAUAUAUUAGAAGAUGGCAGCUUUAAGUGUUUGAUAUUCAUGAAACUACUACUUAAUGACAAAUUAAUAUUUCAGAGUAAGAUCACCUUAACUUGAAAUAUGCAAAUCCAUAAUGAUUUUCAAAUAGACAAAUACAAAAUCAUCUCAACGUGACAAAUGUAUGUUGCAAUGAUUUCUGUGUAUCCAGGAUCCUAUAGUUUCUUGUUAGCUGGCAGAUUAUCUAACGUACAUUUGCUACAUUCAAACAAAUGCUAAUGCCGGAGUUUAACAGAGAUAAUGGUUUGGCUUGACACAAAAGCAGUGCCAUGUGUAUUUACUUUGUGUACCUGGACAUGACCAGCCACGUCUGUUUUAAAGAAAGCUUCAAAUAUUAGAUCCACUUCACACCUAUCCCUAGGACUUGAAGGAAAGUUUGUUGCCCAGCAACAUUUAUUCAAAAAAUACUUUUAAAUGUUGUUUCAACUUAUUAGGAAGCCGAGUAGUUCAGAUCCCUGCUUACCAUGUUUGUUUUAUGUUAACCCAUGUUUUCUUGGGUUAAUUCCCAAGUGUGAACGGACAAUGACCAUCUGUGCAGAGGACACUUUGGUUGAUGGGCUAUUACUGAGCAUUCUUGAAGAUCAUUGGCGAAAACAUAUGAUCAGUGUUACACAUGUUGAUAAUCUGCGGCAACUAGGCAGUCGGUAAUCGGUUAAUAAGAAUAAGCAAAUCAACCUGAAUACCUUCUUUCUCUUUUUUCUUCUGUUUUUUUUAUAAAGUAAUCUCAAAAACUUGUUUAGACAUAUUUUUAAAAUGGUAUUUAAGCCAUACAAAUAUUUACUUGAUGCCAAAAGUCUCAAAAUGCACAAACUAAACAUUUGUCAAAUUCUUCAGAUGAAGUAUGUGUUAAUAAUGUUUACUUUUGUUAGGUAAAAGAUUCAGAUUUACUUAUUUUAGAAUAUUACAGAAUUUUAUUUUUAUAUUGAAUCAAAAUACCCAGAAAAGACUGUUAUUUCCUCUUUUGCUUGGAGUACUGUUAUUAACUUUGGUUUUAUUCAAACUUUACAGUUGAAUUACAGACACAUGAAUUGUGUGCACUUUAAUUGAAACUUAUCAUUUGCUUUGUUAUUUUGUUACACAAGUUUUAUUCAGGAUUUUUUAUGGUCAGAUAUUUCACUCAAUUUUUAUGCAUGGCAGUUUUUCAUUUAAUUUUUAAAGACUGUUUUUAUCUACAAUAUUUUCUUUUAAUCCUCUACCUCUUAAAAUGAGAGAGAAUGUUUUGACAGUACUGUCUUUCCAGUCAGAAUUCAAACUUCUGCUGUAGGAUAUAUUAAACACAUUAUAUUGAAUAAAAAACUGGAAUUACAUUGCAUUGUCAUCUACUAGGCUGAAUUAUCCAGAUGGAAAUGUUAUAGGAUAUAAAAACAACAGAUAGAUUUAAUAAUUAGUUAUACUGUUUAAAUACACAAAAAAAACACAAUAAAAAAACAAUUUGCCAGACAAAUCCUAACACUGCUUUGUAAUGCAGCAACUGAAAACCCAAACGUUGAGCCCAUAUUGGGCUUAGUAAACAAGGUUUUUAUCUGCAGCAGGGUAUUUUGGUAGUUAGGCCUAAUGCAGUGGGUUUUAAUAUUUAAUUAAAACAAAGAUUAAGACAUGUAAUAAAUAACAAAAGGUUGUUAUCAAUUGUUAUUUAUUGUUCUCAUUUAUGGGGGGGGGGGUAUUUUGGAGAGUGGUGGGUGGUCAGAGCUCCGAGCCACUUACUAUAUUAACCUCAAAGACUAUUGGAAUGGCUCCUAUUUGUCUAAAGUUCAGUAAUUAUUUUGUUUAAAAAAAUUAUUUGAUGCACAAAAUGUCUCAAGUGUUUUUUCUAUUAUUAUAUUGUGGUUUGAAUGGAUGCAAAGAGGUUAAUCUUGUUCUUUUUUCCUUCUUCUCUCUUUUUUCUUACUAUGAUUAGAAUUGCAUUCAUCAAAUACAUUCAGUUUUCAUGCAUAAAAAUUCAAAUUGAUCUACCUUACAAUGAAUUUAUAUUUGUAACUAGUACUUUUAUUUCUGCCAGUACUUCAUUUCUGUUUUGUCACUUUUAAAACAGUAUGCCUGUAAACAUUGGCUCUAUUUUCAUGCAAAGUCAUUUCAUUGGUCAUUUUAUUAUCGAUUCUUGUAUUUAUAUGUUAUCACGUCAUUUCUGUAAUAAACGUACAGUUGAAACCUG